AUGGCCGUCACGGAGCUUUUCGAACUGGUCUCGUUUGCCAACUUCGUGUGGAAAUGCCCCCGCUGGAACGUCACCAAAAAGGCCGCUCCGAGCUCCGGCAUAUGCACUGCGCGGAAGCGAUACGAGGGUCCCAGUCAGCGAGGACGGCUCCAGUUGCUGCGAUCGACAGAAACGUCACUUACAGCUCUCGCUAACGUCACGGUCCACAACAGUGGCACAACAGCGGCACAGCAGCACAGCAGCACCUGA